AAGCAGUUGCGCGUGCGCGCUCUCGUAAACAGCGUGACCUCCAGUUUGAGAGAUUUAAAACAUUUUUUUGUUAGUUUGUGAAAAAUUGUUAUUAAUAUUUAAAACAACAGAGUUACUUCUUGCCUACAUUGGUGGUCCCACUUAUCUGAGAGCGCAUGUCAUCAUGCACGCGUCGUCAUUAGGUUAGCCGCGGGAUUUUAAACUGAGGUAAAAAAGUACAGUGACUGAUCUAUCAUCCUAGCUGAUCUUUGAGAAACAUGAUAAAACUCAGCCGACCAUGGGCCGAAUCCGCCCCGUCUGGACCGGCAAACAGCCUGCAGAUCCGGCGCGGCCCGCGGAGAACUAAACCGAACCAAGCGUGUCGAAACCAGGCAGACGCCUCUCAGCAACAGCGCAGACAGACGCAGGGUCCGACCUUGCUGAUCCAAAGGCGGGAGAUGGCCGCUUUCUUUAGAAUGUUCGAUGAUGAUCUCAUACAGGAUUUUCUGUGGCUGGAUUGCUGCUGCAAACUUUCUGACAAGUAUUUGCUGGCUAUGGCGUUUGUGUACUUCAGGAGGGCUCAUUUCAGUAUCAGUGAAUACAACAGAAUGAACUUCUUCGUUGCCCUUUAUCUGGCAAACACCAUGGAAGAGGAUGAGGAGGAGCCCAAGUAUGAGAUCUUCCCCUGGGCUCUGGGAAAGAGCUGGAGGAAACAUUUCCCACAGUUCCUGAAGCAAAAAGACCAACUGUGGACACGCAUAGAGUACCGAGCUGCGGUCAGCAGAAGAUGCUGUGAGGAGCUUAUUUUAAAUCUGCAGGUGAUGGCUAUCGUGCCAUCUCAUUUCAUCUGGCAGCGGGAGCGUGCAGAGCAUCACAGUGGUGCUCAGAGACCAUACAGAAACCGGGCAAAGAUCCUUAUACCCCGUGGACCCUCUGCUUCUCCAGAACCUUGUUCUCUCUGUGCCAAGACCACCGCUCAUCCUCUGCCACGACCAUCAUCUGCUGGAGCACGUUCUGCAUCUGUGCCCCUGGAGACCACCCCACAUAAGUACCAAGCUUCACGCAGGCCCAGUAAACUGAUCAAGGCUCCGCACACAUGUAGCCUCACAAACAUAGCAGGUAAUGUGAACAAUGAGAGAUGUCGAGAUCGUUCGAUGGACUGGAUCAGUGAAGAGUAGAUCAACUGCAUAACAUCAAAUAUAUUCUGUGCCUGUUUACUAUUUUGAUUAUAUCAGAGUCACCUUGGCUGAGGGGCAGAACAACAUGCUUCUAAAUUGAUUUAUAAAGCCAGUUUAUAAGAAAUAUAAAGCAUGAGAUUGAAUGGGGUUAUGGUCAUGUACAUUUGUCAUUCAUGUAAGAUCAUUAGAAUAUGUAGAAAUCCUUUCGCUCAAAGUGAAGGUUCAUUCAUGUAUUUUAAUGUAUAGUCUUCAUCAAUAUUUAUUUGUUGUACAGAAUACUUUUCUACAUCUCUGGAUUUCUCAGUCACAACUCUAAUAUUCAGAGGGAGAGUCCUGGAUGUGCUUGUAAAUUGAAUGUUUAUAGCUGGCGUGUUAGUUCUUGAAGCAAUGCAUGUGCUUUAAUGCAUGUCUUAAUGAAAUAAGUAUAACAUCUAAAUGAGCAAAAAUAAAUUAAUACAGGUAUAUGAAAUCUA